UCGAGAGACUCACGGCAAUGACACGUGCUCCAAUGAAGGGAUGAUCGACCGCUUUAAAAUUCAUAUUAAGGAAUUUAGACGGAAUGCCGGCCAGGUUCACCACCAAUAUCUACGAUUAAAUUGUUUCUCUCGAUCUAUCAUUUCUUCGCUAUUUCUUCCUUCAUCGUCAUCAGAAAAGUGUUUACCGAGAAAAGAGAGUAUGGAAGGGACUUCAAAGAAGACUAAUCCAAGAAACAAAGAAAAUCUCUUUCAUGUAAUUCACAAAGUUCCAGCUGGUGAUGGACCUUAUUUUCGAGCUAAACAUGCUCAGCUAGUUCAAAAGGAUCCAGAAGCAGCUAUACUGUUAUUCUGGAAGGCAAUAAAUGCAGGAGAUAGAGUGGAUAGUGCUUUAAAAGACAUGGCAGUGGUGAUGAAGCAACUCGACAGAAGUGAAGAAGCCAUUGAAGCUAUCAAGUCUUUUAGGCGUUUUUGCUCCAAGCAAGCUCAGGAGUCUCUGGAUAACGUCCUUAUUGACUUGUACAAGAAAUGUGGGAAAAUAGAUGAGCAGAUUGAGAUGCUAAAACGAAAGCUAAGACUUAUAUAUCAAGGAGAAGUUUUCCGUGGAAAACCUACAAAGACUGCACGCUCUCAUGGCAAGAAAUUUCAAGUUUCUGUUAAGCAAGAAACUUCCAGAUUGCUGGGGAAUCUGGGUUGGGCCUAUAUGCAAAAAUCAAAUUACAUGGCGGCUGAAGUGGUGUAUCAGAAAGCACAGAUGAUCGACCCGGAUGCCAAUAAAGCCUGUAAUUUGGGUUUCUGUCUGAAGAAACAGGCCCGAUUCGAUGAAGCCCGAUCAGUUCUUCAACAAGUUUUAGAAGGCAAAGUUCCUGGAUCAGAGGAUUGCAAAGCAAGAAAACGUGCUGAGGAAUUGUUAGUGGAGCUAGAGUCAAGGCAACCCAUACCCGAUUUGUCGGAGCUUUUGGGUUUUAAUCUGGAUGAUGAUUUCGUGAAGGGGCUUGAACAAAUGAUAAAUGAAUGGGCACCUUCUAGAUCCAAAAGGCUUCCCAUCUUUGAAGAAAUUUCUUCAUUCAGAGAUCAGUUAGCAUUUUAAUUUACUUAUUUUAAUUGAAUUGUGGUAACUGGUAAGUUUGGAUUGCUUGCUCUCUUACUUUAUAUAAGUGUUCAUAAUUCUAAAUGUAUCCAAAUAAAGAUUUCUUGUAGAUAAUGGGCAUACUUUAAUGACAAAAAUUAUCUAUGUUUUUGGUAA